GAGAAGACUGGGGGUGAAAGAUAACUUCAUACUUGUUCAAAAUGGAGACACAUUCCCCCAAUACAAUGCCACUUACUUCAGAUCCACCUAACAAGAAGCAGACUGUGUGUGUUUUUGGAACAGGAGAUUUUGGAAGAUCUCUAGGACAUAAGAUGAUGCAGUGUGGCUAUACUAUAGUAUACGGAAGCCGAAAUCCUAAGAAUUCCAAACUAAUUCCUCAAGGAGCCACAGUGUUCUCCCACACAGAAGCAGCAGAGACCUCUGACAUCAUCAUCAUAGCAAUCCACAGAAGAUAUUAUGAAUUUCUGGAAAGCCUCAAGGAAACUCUCAAUGGGAAAGUGCUGGUGGACGUUAGCAACAACCUCAAAAUAAACCAGUAUCCUGAGAGCAAUGCUGAAUAUCUUGCUCGGCUGUUACCAGAGAGUAAAGUGGUAAAAGCAUUUAACACAGUGUCAGCAUGGGCUCUACAGUCAGGAGCACUGGAUGCAAGCAGACAGGUAUUUGUCUGUGGCAAUGACAGCAAAUCAAAAGAAAAGGUGAUGGAUAUUGUACGAAGCCUUGGCCUCACUCCGCUGGAUAAGGGAUCACUCUUAGCAGCCAAAGAAAUUGAAGAUUACCCUCUGCAACUCUUCCCUAUGUGGAAAUACCCCAUUUUUCUGUCCUUUGGCCUUGCUGCAUUUAUUUUCAUCUACUCUGUAAUCCGCGAUGUAGUCUACAGUUCUGUUGUGAAAAACAAAGAUAUUUCAUAUUCCAUAGUUAUUAGAAUUCCAAACCGUGUUUGCCCCAUUGUGGCACUCGUCCUUCUUGCUUUAGUUUACUUGCCUGGGAUCUUUGCAGCUAUUCUUCAGUUAUACAAUGGGACAAAAUACAGGCGCUUCCCAGACUGGCUGGACAAGUGGAUGCUGUGCAGAAAACAGCUUGGCCUGGUUGCCUUGGCUUUUGCUUUCAUACACGUUUUAUAUACACUCGUCAUUCCUAUACGCUAUUCUGUAAGAUGGAAGUGGAACUCUUACAUUAUCCAACAGGCAUUGAACAACAAAACAGAUCCACUUAGUCUUGGAAAUGCCUGGCAUAGUGACGCAUAUCUUGCUUUGGGUAUCUUGGGCUUCUUCUUCUUUCUCCUGCUCGGGAUCACAUCUUUGCCCUCCGUCGCCAACAGUGUCAACUGGAGAGAGUUUCGGUUUGUCCAGUCCUAUCUGGGCUAUCUUACACUGGUUCUGUGCACUGCCCAUACACUGGGCUAUGGUGGAAAGAGAUUUUUGAACGCUGCUUCAUAUCCAUGGGGACUUCCUGCCGCUUACAUCCUCUCUCUCAUUAUCCCUUGCAUUGUGUUGGUAAUAAAGUUUGUUCUGAUGUUUCCAUGCUUAGACAGACCACUCACCGCCAUUCGACAGGGCUGGGAGAGAAAGCCCAAACACCUGUGUGAGCCACACAAUCUUAGUGGGUCCUCUGUAUAAAUUCUUAGCCAAUGUACUGUGACUUGUAUAUAAGUGUAAAUACUUAAAAAUGGCCAGGGAGUGAGCAACUGAAACACGCUUAAAAUGGCUCAAAAUUGUGAACACCAUAAUUACUCUGUAACCUAAAGGACAACCAUCCUUGGCAUCGGUUAAAUCAGCGGUCCCCAACCUUUUUGACACCGGGGAGCAGUUUUGUGGAAGACAAUUUUUCCAUGGGCGGGGGUGGGGGGGGAGACGAUGAUUUCGGGAUGAUACAAUUAUGCACUUUAUUUUGGUGUAGUAGUUAAGUGUGCGGACCAGAUUUGAUUUCCCACUCCUCCACUUACAGUUGCUGGAAUGGCCUUGGGUCAGCCAUAGCUCUGUCAGAGGUUGUCCUUGCAAGGGCAGCUGCUGUAAGAGCUCUCUCAGCCUCACCUACCUCACAGGGUGUCUGUUGUGGUGGGGGGGGGGAGAGAAAGGAGAUUGUGAGCCCUCUGAGAUUCGGAGUGGAGGGCAGGAUACAAAUCCAAUGUCAUCUUCUUAUUUUUAUUACUACAUUGUAAUAUAUAAUGAAAUAAUUAUACAAUUCAUGGCCCGGUUGCUAACAGGCCAUGGACCGGGGGUUGGGGACCCCUGUGUUAAAUGAUCAUCAUCUAGUUUCCAUUCUGCUGCAGAGGACAUCUAUUUCUUCCUACAUCUGGGAUUGUAGGGAGCAAUUUUAACUGUUUCUUAUCGUCUACCUUACGUAGAAACCCAGCUUGCACUAUUUUGUAGUUUUUAUUU